AUGGCGGAUCUGAUGGCCGUCUAUAAGAAGAAUGCCCCCUAUGUGAUUUGGACCAUCGUGGCUCUGCUUUGUGCUUUGGUCUUCCUGUUUUCCAGAUCUCCCUCUGCGAGCGAAAAGAAGUCGAAGCAAGGGACGCGGCCUACAGCCUUUGGGCGCAAAGUGUUUCCUGCAAAGCCAUGCCAUGUCUAUUGCUCAAUUCAGAGUGAAUGGAGAAACCCGUGCGUGAAAGUCAGGCUAGCCGGGUGUACAUCCAGCACGGUGACGAAGGUGUUAGGUCGAACUGGAAGGAGUCUCCAUCUUACCGCUCUUCAACUGGAAAUGGCCAAUCUAUCGCGUGUGGACUGA